AUGCUGUGGGCAAGUGUAACUCUAGCCUUCUAUGGCUUGCUGCGUGCCAGUGAGUAUCUGGCGCCUUCUAUUCACACGUUUGACAGCCAAAGAGCACUUGUGUGGACGGCUGUCAGUAUUGCACCCGACUCGGUCACGUUGCGGCUGAAAGUCACUAAGACGCGCCAAUCUGGCGACGGUGGAACUGUCACGGUGUCUUCUACUGGCGACGAAACGUGCCCGGUACUGGCAAUGUCCGAAUUCCGGCGCACGACAGCUCAAGCCUGCAGCUCUCAACCUGUGUUCGCUUUUGCUGAAGGGAAUUACCUUACUCCGCCAUGUUUGAACAAGAUACUUCGUCAGGCUCUCAACUGCAACCAGGUGAGCUCCCACUCCAUGCGGAUUGGUGGGGCGACACUCCUGGCGUCCAGAGGUGCAAGUGAAGCGGUGAUACGACGGGCAGGGCGGUGGCGCAGUACAGCUUCUGAGCGCUAUGUUCGGCAAUCGGCCGGCAUGCCACCCCAAUGGACAAGUAGUGUAGCAUCUCUACGUGACAGGGUGUGA